AGAACUUCUAGAUAACUGAAAAAAAUGAAGAUAUUCAGCUCUGUGGUUCUAAUCUGCACUCUGGCUUUGUAUCCUCUCUGUGUCUAUGGGAGAGAUGGCAAAGAUUCUUCCGACUCUUCCGACUCUGAUUCUGAUGAAUCAGACAAGUGCAUGAGUAAUCAGGUUUGGAGCAACUGUGGAUCCUCCUGUCCCUCCAACUGUCAGAACAAGAAUAACCCAAAUAGGAUCUGUACUGAAAUGUGUAGGCGAGGAUGCGUCUGCAGGCCCCCCCACGUCUUUCAGUCUGGGCACUCUGGCCCCUGUGUUCUGCCCACUGAAUGCCCAUAACCAGCUGUUUAUAGUUAAAAAGAUGAAAAUAACUGAUUGACUCUUAAAAAUUAAUGGUCUCUAGACUUAAUAAAUCCUGUGUAUGUAGUUUCAUUCAUAAAAUAUUUAUAGUAGCUCUCUAUCAAAUAUCAUUUGGACCAUUCUUUU